AUGGAAUUAGUUUUGCAAUGGAACCAAGAGCAAGCCAACGCGGUCAUAACACUUAGAAGUGGUAAGGCUAUUAAUAAUGGAGUUGGCAAUGAAGUUACUAUUGAAUCGGAUCACGUGAAUGCAGGUCCCACUCAAGAAGAGAAUGAGAAACCGAAUGACGAUACAAGCAAUGCCACUUCUUCGUAUGAAGCUCUAAAUUUUCACAAGGCUGAAAAACCUUACACUCCUCCAAUCCCAUUUCCUGGAAGACUUGCCAAAAGCAAGCAGGAUAAGUCAUUUAAAGAAAUUUUUGAUAUUUUAAGUAAAGUGAAUGUUAAUUUACAUUUCCUUGAUGUCAUUAGGAAUAUGCCAGCGUAUGAGAAUUUUUUCAAGGAGCUAAACACAUAUAAGAGGAAGUAUGGACCUAAGGAGAAGGUGAUGGUGUCUGAAAAUGUGAGUGCUGUGCUUCAAAGAAAGCUCCCACCAAAACUCAAGGAUCCGGGCAGUUUUUCUAUCCACAUCACCAUUGGAGACAAGCUAGUUGAAAACUGUUUGGGGGGUUUGAAGGCAACAACUAUUUCACUGCAACUUGCUAAUCAAUCAGUGAAAUAUCCAAGAGGUAUAGUGGAAGAUAUCUUAGUUGAAGUUGACAAACUAAUUUUGCCUGCUGAUUUUGUAGUGUUGGACAUGGAAGAGGCUCCUAUACAUGAUCGUGAGUUACGUAUUUUGCUUGGGAGACCCUUUAUGGCCACGGCAAAGACUAUCAUAGAUGUGCAAAAUGGUCUCCUCACCAUGACCGUGCUAGGAGAAACUGCACAAUUCAAAGUGUUUGAAUCUCUUUCUCACCCUUCUAGUUCAAUUGAUUGUUGUUCGAUUGAUGUGCUUGAUUCACUUAUUUUCUCUAUGUUUUUGCUGGCACAAUCCAAUGAUCCAUUAUAG